GUAAUCUGCGCAUGCUCAUUGAACUCUGUUCCGGUUUUGCGCGGAGUCACGUCAUGUGCAUUUCCAUGUAUAUCGAGCAGUAAUUCUAAGUGUCAUAAGUCGAGUGUGACAGUGAUACCAUGUAUGGCAGAAGAGAUGUCCGCAUUCUCCUUUUGGGAGAUGCUGGUGUCGGCAAGACAUCUCUGAUUUUGACACUUGUCAGUGAUGAAUUCCCUGAAGAAGAGGUCCCAGCAAGAGCAGAGGAGAUCACAAUACCACCGGAUGUUACUCCUGAGAAAGUUCCAACCCACAUUGUAGAUUUCUCAGCUCGUGAGCAAAGUGAUGAGAUUCUCCUUGAAGAAAUAGACAGGGCCGAUGUGAUAUGUGUGGUGUAUGCAGUGAGCAAUAAAGACACGAUAGAUAGUAUCACAGAUUACUGGUUACCUCUGGUACGGAACACCUUAGGGUCGGAUCACCUGACACCGGUCAUUAUUGUUGGUAACAAAUCCGAUCAAGCCGACGCCAACAGCUUGGAGACGGUGGUUCCAAUCAUGAACGACUAUGCAGAGAUUGAGACAUGUGUAGAGUGUUCAGCAAGGAAUCUGAAGAACAUCUCUGAAGUAUUCUACUAUGCACAGAAAGCAGUCCUCCAUCCAACAGGACCAUUGUAUUCAGCAGAAGACAAAGAACUUAAACCAGAGUGUAAGAGGGCGCUGUGCAGAAUAUUCAACAUCUGCGACCUGGACAAUGACGGUAUUCUCAAUGAUUAUGAACUCAACUUGUUCCAGAGGAGAUGUUUCAAUGCACCUCUUCAGCCUCAGGCUUUAGACGAUGUAAAAGCAGUAGUUAGGAAAAAUAUACCAGAAGGCGUUAUGAACAAUGGACUCACUCAAAUAGGUUUUCUCUUCCUUCAUACACUGUUCAUUCAACGAGGGAGACACGAGACAACAUGGACUGUCCUUAGGAAGUUUGGUUACAGUGAUUCACUCAAACUCAACUCAGAAUACUUACAACCAAGGUUGAGAGUUGGUAGAGGUUGCUCGACAGAAAUGAGUCAUUUAGGCUACCAGUUCCUCACAUCUCACUUUGAGAAAUAUGACAAGGAUCGUGAUGGUGCCUUAUCACCAGCGGAGUUACAGACGUUAUUCCAGACAUGUCCCAUGAUGCCUUGGGGUCCUGACGUCAACAUGACGGUAUGCACCAACGAGAAGGGUUGGAUCACGUUACAUGGUUACCUAUCGCAAUGGACGUUGACCACAUUACUGGACAUUCAGAGAACGUUGGAAUUCUUAGCUUACUUUGGAUACAGAUAUGUAAUGGCAGAUCAUGAAAACCAGCUCUCAGCAAUUAUUGUAACAAGAGACAAAAAGGUAGAUCUUCAAAAGCGCCAAACAUCCCGUAAUGUCUUCCGUUGUAACGUGAUCGGUCCUAGAGGAGCUGGCAAGUCGGCAUUCCUUCAGGGUUUAACUGAGCGUAGUCUUGACUCACCAGUAAUCAUGAGAGAUAACCUAUCAGCAUAUGCUAUUAACACUGUACAUGUCUAUGGACAAGAGAAAUAUAUACUGCUCCGUGAAAUUGAUGUUGGUCUCUCAGAUGAGCUUUCUUCAGAAGAGCUUGAAUGUGAUGUUGCAUGUUUGAUGUAUGAUAUCUCAGAUCCAAGGACCUUUGAAUACUGUGCUAAGAUUUACAAGCAACACUUUGAGAGGAACAGUGUACCGUGUUUACUGGUAGCUGGUAAGAGUGAUAAACACCCGGCACGACAGGACUACCCUCUACAACCGGCUCAGUUCUGUACCCACUACGGUCUCCCUCCACCCCAGACAUUCAGCAGUGUAGGAAGACCAAACAAGGAUAUCUACAUCAAACUGGCUACUCUUGCCGCUUAUCCCGUGGUGAAAGGGAUGUCUGUUCUAGUCGACCACCCAGCCAUAUUCUGGGUGCGAGAGAAAUUCUGGGGCUCAAGUUUCAGGCAUCUGAAGGGAAUCCCAGAAGAAGGGACCAAUCGCUGGAUCAAGGUUGGUCUAGGUCUCGGAGCCUUUGCAGCGAGUCUCUUUCUUGUCUACAGAUUCAUCAAGCAUCAGAGGUCAUAACCCUAACCCUUCCCUCCAUAGAUAUGUAGCAUUGAGUAACAUGCAGUAUUUCAGAAUAUAGAUAUGAUGCCAUAUGAAUGGCAGAUGUUCAUACUACUUUAUAAGUGAGGAAAAAGCUGUAAGUUACCCGCUAACCUAAGCCUUCCACUAGGUAGGAAAUGGGAGGACUUUUCUAUUCCUCUCUGAUUUGCUCUUCUGGCAAUACCAUCAAUGGGAAUAUGCAAGUUUUCUGUGGGUGGAGUUCAAGAUAUGGUGUGGAUGUGAUGCAAUCCAGAGUUUAAUUUUGAUUCAGAUGUUAUUAUGCUCCACUCUAACCUGUAUUCUGGUUUUAUAUUCCAUCAAAGAGAAUUUACACUUGUGGAACAUAACACUGAAAUUUUCAGGUGAAUAUUUUAUUAUUCAUUUAAAUUGCCCCAUCUUUGGAAGAAAACGUAACUAUGGAAAGCCAAAGAUACCAUAAUUAGUUAUCUGUGGAUGUUGUAAGGAACUGUCACCAAACAUUACAAUUGGUCAUGUGACAGUUUGUGACCUUUUGGUUACUAUAUAUUUUUGCGUGAAAGCAGCGAUUGCAACCUACAUGUAUAGUGACCCCUGCUUGAUCACAGAAUUCAUAAGAGAUUGCAGAAGAUGUACAUGUACACGUCAUUGAUCUGACCAAUCGGCUUGUUUGUAUGACGGAUAAUGGGUGAUUUCAAGUCCGGUGUUGGCCUUGGUGUUCGUGUUUGUGUUGAAAUUUUGAUUGUUUCCCCUAGCUCCAAAACUUAUUCGGAGUUUGCAAAACUGAUCCCGAUCACAUUAUUGACAUCUCAACAACUAGUGAGUGACUUUUCGGGAUCGGGACCAUCUUCGUCUUAUGUUUGGACGGUGUUAUAAUCGUGUCAAAAUUGACCUAACACCAACACCAAAAGGUCAACACUGAACUUGAAAUCACCCAGUGUAUGUGCCUUCUAGGCUUUCCAUAUAUAAGAUUAAUUCAUUUAAAUCACAAUCAUUUCCAUGACAGGACCUGGAUUCAAUAGACUCUUCACCAAACAGAUGUUCUCAUCUUUGUGAUAAGAGUGUUGAUUUUGCAUAUAUUCUAGAUUUGAAGGUCAUGUGAUGUUUGAAAGACAUGUGUAAUGUUUUUAUUGAUCUGAGCAAUGCAGAGCAAACAUAAUAUUGAAGUAUUUAUAUAUAAAGAAAACAAAUAAAGCUGCAAUGUAAACUGAUAGUGAUUGCUUUUCAAUCCCUCUUGAAUAUCUGAAAUGAUUGGAAUUCUUCUAGCUUCAAGCAAGGGUUACUAGAAAAACUUUCAGCUGUGUGUUGGACCAAUUUUACGAUUCUAUGAUCAGUUUCAAUUUUGCAGUUGAUGCUACUCAAACGUUUCAUUUUUGAAUUACACUUUUGAAUUCAAAAUUGAAUUACACUUUUGAAUUCAAAAUUGAAUUUGAAACUCUAAUCACUUGCCGCUUAUCUAUGUAGGAUUAAACUAUAUGUGCCUAUAUUUAUAUUAGGCAGAGAAAUAAAAUGACGCACAUCAUUGCUGUAAUAUUUCAACAGCAAUAAGAAGAAAAAUAUGAUCUGCUCACUGAUUGCUUAAUUUUUUCUUUUUGGCUAUUUACUGUUCGGGUUGAAAUAUUGCUACAAGACAAAAAAGUGAGGUAAAUAAAGUAACACCAUGCUCACUGCUUGUUUGACAAUUAUCUAGUCGAUGACUGAUGUAUUGCAAUAUACUGUAAAGGUUCAGGUGCUGAAUUCAAAUACAUAUUUUGUAUUUUUCAUACGAUCUUGAUAAUUCCUUAAUACAGAGAAUGGGUAGAAAAGUCAUAGAAUUAUUAGCUAUAUCUAUAUUAAAGGUCGACGUUGCAGCUUAUUACCAUCAUUGACAUUGUUUUGAACAUGGAAGAAUUUUCAGAUGACUAAUGCUGCAGUCACAUUUCCCCUACAGCAGCUGCACUGUGAGUCGAAGGGGAAAAGUGACUGCGCCAUUAAGAUCAUGACAUACUAUCUCUCUUUUAAAAAGAAUUGUAAAAAUUUUACAUAUAUUGAAUUAAUGUUAUAUGCCUGAAACUAAAAUAAAAAACAGUCAAUGCUUUAAACAUU